UAUUUGGCAGGAAGGUGAGGAGGCCUCUAUCCUGGCAGCAAAGGCAAGGCGGGGAGCGGCGGCUCCAAAUGUGGCAGAGGAGCGCAGCAGGCAGCGGCGGCGGCAGAGGAGGGGGGCACACGAGAGAAGGGGCGCAGCUGUCCCCGCGGCGGAGCUGAGCGGCCUGGCGAGGCAGGGGGGCUCCGGCAGCUGCUGCUCUGGCACCCCCAGGCCGUCCGCCUGGCACCCCCGGGCCCGGUCCGGCCAGCAGAGAAAUAUAAUUGAAAAUACUACAGCUAAUCUUGGGACAAGCAAAUUCUCGUUUGAAUGGUGGAUUAACAAGUAGUAAUUUUAUCAUUCUAAGGCUAAGAGGAAAUUUUAAGAGUUGGAAAGAACUGGAUUUUCACCCUAGUCCAGCAGCUUUGCUGCUCACUUAAACACAGAUGAAUGAAGACCCCAUUCGGAAAGACACCAGGUCAGCGAUCCAGAGCUGAUGCAGAAAUCUUCACAUCUGAGGGACAAAUGGGUGAAAGUUUUCAAAUGGCAUGCAGGAGUGUCUGCCAGCAUGAUGAAGAAGAGAACUUCUCACAAAAAGCAUCGAAACAACGUGGGACCUAGCAAACCCAUUUCUCAGCCCCGAAGAAAUAUUGUAGGGUGCAGAAUACAGCAUGGAUGGAAAGAAGGGAGUGGACCUGUAACACAAUGGAAGGGGACAGUUCUUGAUCAGGUUCCUGUAAAUCCUUCUCUCUACCUUAUUAAGUAUGAUGGAUUUGAUUGCGUCUAUGGACUAGAACUGCACAAAGAUGAAAGAGUGUCAGCUCUUGAAGUCCUUCCAGACAGAGUUGCUUCAUCUCGAAUCAGUGAUGCCCACCUGGCAGACACAAUGAUUGGCAAAGCUGUGGAACAUAUGUUUGAAACAGAAGAUGGCUCAAAAGAUGAAUGGAGGGGGAUGGUUUUGGCUCGAGCUCCUAUAAUGAACACGUGGUUUUAUAUUACUUAUGAGAAGGAUCCUGUCUUAUACAUGUAUCAGCUCUUAGAUGACUAUAAAGAAGGUGACCUCCGCAUUAUGCCUGAUUCCAAUGAUUCGCCUCCAGCAGAACGGGAACCAGGUGAAGUUGUGGACAGCCUGGUAGGCAAACAAGUGGAAUAUGCCAAAGAAGAUGGCUCUAAAAGGACUGGCAUGGUCAUUCAUCAAGUUGAAGCCAAACCUUCUGUCUAUUUCAUCAAGUUUGAUGAUGAUUUCCAUAUUUAUGUCUAUGAUUUGGUGAAAACAUCUUAGACAUCAUCGUGAACUCUUGCCAAACUCGUGGAACUAUUAAAUGUAAAAUUUGUAGACACAAAGACUUGACUGCUUUCCAGUUUAAUGAAAGCUUAAAUGUCCCUGCGAACCCACAAUCUCUGCCAACAAAACUGUUUUGUUCUGAAUAAUACAAACAAAUUUGUGUGAACAUGACACAUUUUGUGUAAGGGAACUCCUUUUCUUGAAGGAAGUCGCUAUAUUUUUGGGGAGAGGGAGUUAAAGUAAACAGCUGCAAAUUCAAGCUGUGUAAAGUUGAUCUAAUAUUGUAAUCAUUAAUCUAAAAAAAUUUUUCAUAGCCUUUAACUUUUUCUUCAACCUCGCACUCACCUGUUCAACUGCCACAUGCAAGUGUAGUUUGAUAUUUUCAAUAUUGCCUUCUUAUGUAACAUUAAAUUUAAUUUCUUGGCUACUGGCAGUCCUUGUUUUCAGGGUUGGGGCUGAGAUGAUUUCAAAAAAAGUAAAUUGUUGGUUGGUGCAGUGUUAAGGAGUGCCUAACCCAAGUAACAUCAAUCUACUGUGUUUCUAUACCUUAUUUCAAAGUCGCUUUUUAAGAAUUAGCAGUACAUGGGAAUAUUUGUGCAUCUUCAUAGACACAAGACAGUACAACAUCAAGUGUUUGACUUGCACCUUUCAGUGAAAAGGCUUUAAACUAUAAAAGGUUUAAUCAGCUAUAUAAACUGUUGAUUAGAAAAUGCAGCCCACAUUUACAAGUUGAGGGAACCAGUAAAACUACACAAAACAAGGCUGCCUUCUAUUCUAAAUGUUGUAUUUUUGUUGUAUACGCUUCUUAACAAACCCAAGUGCUUGGUGCCACAACAGUGAUAACAUUAUAUGUUACUUCAGAAAGAUCUUUAGACUACACAUUGGCAAUCAGUAGUCUCUCAUUUAAUAUCAAAAUUAGCAAUCUGGAUGUUUGUGUAUGGACUUAAAAGCCUAAUAGUUUAUCUGUUACAUGUAAAGACAAAAACCUCAUGAAAGAACAGUCCUCUUACAUUAAAGACUUGUUUUAGAGAAGGAGAAGCAUUUGUUGCUUUCUGCUGCAUUCCUUUUUUUUAUUAUUAUUUUCCCCCCGAAAAAACAUCUUUCUUAGCUCUUCUUUCUGGCUUUUCUACGAGUGUCCGGACAAAUCAUCUACAGCUUAAACCUGUUGUCGCCUUUUGUGGUGUACGUUGUACUCGCUUUGAGGUAUGCUGUUACGUGAAUUUCAUUCAAUGAACACUAGAGUUCUGCAUGCCAGUGGUGUACUAACUAAUGAAAGCUAUAGGCAGCCUCAGUGGUUCGGUCAUCUGCAUUGGAUUGUGGAUGUAAAUAGCAGCCCACAGCUGCAGAUCCUUUCACAGUUUUAAUCUUGCAAGAUAGUUGUAAACCAAGGUAGUUUAAGUGUGGCAGUUUUAAAAAGUAAUCAGAAUUGCAAAAAUGGUCAGUUCAGCAACAAAAUCGUCAUGUCACAUUAAGGCAGAGCUUUGCAAGUUUGAAAGCACUGCUUCACAGAAGGCUAGUACGUGAAGCCAGUUAUCACUGUUGAGGGGAGGAACACCCAGAUUCCCAACCUUACACAGAAAGCUAGGAAAAGGUGCUGUUAAUCAGAGAUCUGAGGCCCAGAUGACCUCUAUUUGGAUGUUCUUGACAUUGAAGAUUCAGUGGUUUAAGCCCCUUUCUAUCCAUUUUUGCCUGACUUCAUAUUUUAGCCUUAAGGCUUGUGCCUCAUUAUGCUGUUGAAUGGUAACAAAUACUCACCAUAUAAAUACAGUACCUUAAUUCUUUGUCCAUUGCUACUGUUGCAUUAUGUCCAGUAUUUCAUCAUGGGCAACCAAAGGCAGGCUAUUGUCUUUCAGUGAAUAGCUUCUCAAUGCAGUCCUUAAGUACUAAGUACCUGAAUCAUAAAUGUUCCUUGUGUUUUUGAACAAAGUGAGCAGAUUUGCAACACAGUGUUUUCAUCCUGCAGAUCUGUUGUGUUUUCUAUUGACUCUUAAGAGUCCUGCAUGUAAAUCUCAAAGCUGAGCCUGGCUCCAUGAGCCCAAGUUGAUAUUUGUGGCACAAGAAUGAGUGAGUGUAUCGAUUAUACACAGGAUACGUGCAUAACUUAGUACAGUGAAUUUUGGGCUAUACAUCUAAGGAAAACAAGGUUUGUUUUGAAAUAUUUGAAGUUUAGGUCUACUGAAACAUUUUUAGCAUUAAAGGCUUGCAUUUGUGGGUUUUCUGCAAGCCACUUUAAUAUACCACAUAAUCUACCAAUUAGUGGAGUAUAAUCUGUAAAUUUUUAUGGCCUUUUAAGUGUCCCCUCUUGUCUGUUGCUUUGUUGGUUUUUGUUUUUUGGGUUGGGAUUUUUUUUUUUUGAUAGUUUAAACCACCUUUUUUGAGGCUUGAGACUAAUUCCACUUCCUGCCCUUCUGCUUUGGGCUUUGUUUUAGGCUCAUGUUUCAGAUCUGCAUGCAGUGCUUGCGUUACCCUGGUAACUAAAUGUUGGUUCCUUGUUCUAGGGGUUCAACAUUCCUUUCCAAAAUUAUCAUGGGGCUUGUCACAGCACAAGCCAGGAUCUGUGUAUAAAAGUUAUUGGCCUUUCUCAUUUACCUGCUGUAGUAUUGUUGUAUAUUGUGUGUGCGUGUGUGUGUGUGUAUGAUGUCAGGCUGCCAUGUAAAAUUUUAAAAAGAAAAAAAAUCUUAAAUGCAGACCAUCCUUUUUUGCAUGCUUAGAAGGUAGAAUGUUCAAUGUAACAAACUAAAGUUGCAUGUUAAAAUGUUUAGGUUUUUUGUUUUUGUUUUAAUUUUGUGUUCAGUUUUUGUGAAUUUGCUUAUUGUGCUGUUUUAAUGGUUGUUAGUAGGACUAAAUGCACUGGUGAGGCGAGCAUAGUGCCAACAGAAGGUAAUUUUCCAGUUGUAUGUGUCACAGCAUUUGAAGGGACCAUGUAUUCUGUUCAAUAGUAAAUAAAAUCACAGCUGAAUCUAAAACACCAUACUUUUUUUCUUUUGAGUGCCAAACCCUAAAUUAAGUUGGAGUAGAAUACAUAAAGACAUAAAUACACUGGGGAAAACCCUUUUAAACUUCAUAAAUUGUAAUACAUGUCUUUUUUUUUUAAUUGAUUCAUUUUAAAACUGAAGGUUUCUUUGAGGAUAGCAGCAAUUACAAUCAAUUCAGGGAAGGAGAAUUAUAGCGAAAACAGUUUCUGGUUCCUUUAAAAUGCUGUGCUUUUUGUAUUUUACAUCAUUAGUGCAAUUUGGAUGGUUCUUGGUAUGUGUAUAGUUCAAAGGUCUUCGUGUUCACAUUUUAAAAUUAGGUAAUGACUUCAUCUUUAGAGUUUAGUUUCACUAUUUUUUUUUUAUUUUGAACAAUGUAGACAGUUCCCUGUUCUCUGCAUUUAGAAGUAUAAACACUUUAAAUCUGUUACUUAAUUCUGUAAGUAAUUUUUAUAAUUAUGAUGUAACUCUAUCCUUAAAACAUUUAAAAUAAACCCUUUAUGUGCAACUUAUGACUGUAAAUUUUGUUCUCAUGAGCAAAAUGUAGUGGUGUGUUCUAAAAUUGUGAAGAAGCAGUUUCUUCAGUUUUAUAAUUAAAAAAGGACAUUAUUUUA